AUGCUAUUGGACAUGCUAUCGUCAAGAUCCUACCUGGAAUUGUCACAAGAAGCAGAAAUAUCAACAAACACCCCCAGGGAAUUCAGCCCCGAGAUCAAAGCCGAGUCAGAUCGUCGCCUAAGGUCCCGAAAGCGACCUACAGCCCAAGCACCGGGGAUCCCCGACCAAAUGACCGAUAGAAACUCGGCUCCGGAUCUUCCCGUACGGAAAAGAGGCCGGCCGAGAUUGGAUACGGCCAAAGAUGCCACUGCCAUUGAGGAACGACGUCUGCAGAUCCGACGGGCGCAACGCACUUAUCGCCUUAAAAAGGAGAAUACCAUCCAAACUCUCCAAUCUCGCGUUAGUGUACUAGAGCAGACACUACAGAAUGUAUCAAAUCUCCUAGGCGGAGCCCAUCGCGACGCAAUCGAUAGUUUCAAUGGCGAUGCGACUCUCCAGCCAAGCGUGGACUAUCACGCUCGCACACGAGAACUCAUUCUAACAGAAAUAAACAAGACGCGAUUUACCUUCCCAAAUGAGAAUGAUCUCCAAAUCAAGCAGACCAACGGUGAAGCGAGGGACAGUAACAUAUUCGGCUACGAAGUGUCCCUCAUACGUCCGCAAAAGAACUCCACCGUCCCCUCUCCAUACCCACGGUACAACCGAGCCCGCUCCCCAUCCCCACUAAUAAACCGCAUCCUCCCAACAGCUACAAUUUACACAUACAGCCAUCAAGAAUCCAGCCUCUCCCGCCGCCUGCACAGAUUCAGCCUUGAGCACACCUACCGCUGGUUAACAGACCCACGCACCGAGCCCGCCCUCCUAGGCCGCGUCUUCGGGCUAGUCCCCUGCAUCCACGACAUGCCAGGCAUAAGACGCAAUUUCCGGCGCACGCUGCAAUCCGAGAUCGGGAGCGGGCUUGAAUUCAUCAAGAUGCCCUUCUACACGCUCGGCGGGGCAGGGAAGCACUUCCCGCGCGCGGACGCCGACGGAAAUCCCGUGUACCCGGAGAACAGCCGGAGACCCGGGAAGAUUCUGCGGCGGAUGGUGCGGAUUUUGCAGCGGGGCGGGAUUCAGGAUUGGGACGAGGAUUGGAGUGGAGAGCGGGAGCCUGUUGCUGUUACUUUGGAGGGAUUGGUGGAUGAGACGCAGGUGCGGAUGAGUGAGGAGGAGAGGAUUCGUUCGCUUGAUCUUGAUGGUGAGUGGUUUGAUUGUCAUGACGUGCAGGGGUAUCUGGAGCAUCGGGGUCUUGUGCUUGAUGGGUCGGCCGUGAGGCUUGGUGUUCCUGAAGCUUUAGUUGGGGAUUUGUAUGGGUUCUCGCCGGACCGAUCGACUGUUUCCAGUCUCUAUGCUUCGUCGGAUGGGACUACUCCUACUGAUAGGAAUGGGUCGGAAUCCUCGACUUCGUCGUAUACUCUGGAUGUUGAGUGUUUCUUUGACUGUGAGUUAACGGUCGAUGCGUUUUCUCGUGUUUCUGUCAAUAUCACUGACAUGAGCCCAGUACUCCUUGCAAACCUCAGAAUCCUCGGCCGCGCGCCAGGCUUCCGAGUAUGGGAUGUAGAUGCCGCAUUGCGAUCAGCGAUCUCCCGUCGGCCAUUUGGCUAG